GGUUUGACCGGAACAUGUGUUGCUAGUACUGGAGUAUGAAUGUUCGUGCCCAGUUGGUCCCUUUCGUUGUUGCUUGGACUCAGUCAUGUCGAACAACAGCGCCGCCAACAGCAGUUUAGUCAUCGCCCAGAAGGCAGUGAAACAGCUUCGACUCGAGGCCAGUGUCCAUCGGAUAAAGGUCUCUCAGGCUGCUGCAGAACUGAAGACCUUCUGUUUGCAAAAUGCUCACAAAGACCCUCUGCUCACUGGGGUGCCCUCCAGUGAUAACCCAUUCAGGCCACCAAAGUCAUGUGUCCUCCUUUGAUCCUCUGACAUGGCUGUGAAGAAGUACAAAACACUCAAACAGAUGCCUGGUCAUUUUGCACUGUUGAUCUCUGCCAUGUGCUCCACUUCCUCUGAAGAUAAAAAAAGCCAAGACAAGAACACUUACUCACUCACACGCGCACACAGGCACACACACGCACACAAACACACACGCAUGCACACACACGCACACAAACACACACACGCUACUAAGAAAUGAUGCUGAUGAAUUUAGCUGUGUGCUGUAACUGUAGGUAAUGUACUUACUUUGACAGGAUGUGUGUUUCUAAUGGCAACCACUGGUGUCGUGUUUUGCUUUUUUUAUGUUUAGAGGUAAACACAACAGGCCUUAAACUCACUCUGUUUUGAUGAGCAUACCCAUUUUACAGCCAAACUACACUUUUUACAGUGGGUCAUUGGACAAAUAAAGCCUGGAGUUGAUGACUAAAAAAUCUUAUGAAAGUCACAUUGGAAAGAUAUCAGAGUCCUAUCUGAUUUAUUUCUAUUUAUGAACAUCGUAUAAAGCAGAUCUUACAAAAAUAAAAUGGAUUCCAUGUUUUUUCUUUUGUAUGUGCUUGUAAUACAUAUUCAGUCUGUGCCACGUGUAAGAGAAAAAUUAAACUAGAUAAUCUAUUCCCCUUUUUAAAGGAUUCUAUCAACCAAUGGCAUUUUGUAGCUAUUGAUUCCUGUCAUUUAUUUCGAAGAAACAGGAGCCUUUAAAUAAUCAUUCAUUUUGUACCUGCUAGGCAGAAAUACUUCAUAAAACAAAAGGAAACAUUUGAAAGGGAACAGAGGAGGUAUGGAACCCUGAUAAGCUGAUGUAAGUUGAUGGAUAAUUGCCAAUCUUGUGUGAACACACAGCUCAGUUCAAAAUUUCAUCUUACGUGCGCUGUUAUUAUUCACCAUUAAAAGUUGCCACGUGGUUGUUUUUGUUAUUGGUCUGUGAAACUGUAUCUGGCAUGAAUUUGCUAUCUUAGUUUUAACAAUAUUAACUAGACCAAUAAUGUUGUGUUAUCUGCCUCCCAUCCACUGACCCUCAUGUCUCAUGAUUACACAAAGCUUCAUGUGUAAUCAGUGAUGUGCUAUGCGCAUAUAGAGUGUGGACUGGUAGCUGGAGAGGUGCCAGUUCACCUCCUGGGCACUGCAGAGGCACCCUUGAGCAAGGCACCGAACCCCCCAACCGCUCUGAGUGCCUGUCAUGGGCAUCCCCACUCUGACAUCUCUCCACUUAGUGCAUGUAUAGGUCCUGUUUGUGCAAAUUAAAUUAAAAAAUUAGCACCACAUCACAUCAUUAUCUAUCUAUCUAUCUAUCUAUCUAUCUAUCUAUCUAUCUAUAAAAAAGUCUGAGACUACAGGCCAAGAUACUUUCAAGGUAACACUAUUUUCUUCAUUAUAAAUGAUAAUAUCAGCCCAUAUCAGCUCACUUUUGUUUUAACAUUUUUAUGAAUCCUCAAAUUUUCUGAUUAUUUCCAUGUUUUCAUGAACACAGAGAUUAUAUUAAAAACUUGAAUGUAAAUGAAUAAAAAUGUUUAAGAGCUCCUGGAUUGUAUGAA